GGAAGAAAAACUUUCGCCAGUGCCACUGUCCAGCAGUUAGUUGAGUUUUUCGCUUUUCCGCUCUCACCAGACAGAUCGCGCAUACCAUCCAUCAAUCGGAAUUUUCAUUUCCAGUCUGUCGUCGGGAUAGGGCAGAACAGUUUCUUUUUCGGUAUUUAAUCCAUUUAAUCGGACGUUCCAUUAUGUGUUGUCGCUUGUCGCUGAGUUGUCGAAAAGGGUGAAAACGGUGAGCUGGACAUAAUAUAGUUGGCAAACCCUUCUUCAACGAGUAGAAAAUUUGAGAUGUGGAAAAGUGUGAAGUGAAUGGCCUCAAAGAAAAAGUGAUUAGCCUCUUUUGUUAUCUAUCGAAUUCUUUUUUCGAGUGAAGGUGUUGUAUGGGUGAAAAUCUUUGACGAGAUUAUAUGUAAUUUUGUUCGGACUUGCUUUCCCGUCCAUUACCGUCGAGUCUGACAUAAGUGAAGAUCUCUCGGGUGAGUGAUGUUUAAGUCGAAUUGAAGAGAAAAAUUACCCAUUCUGAAGAAAACCAAUUAGAUCGAAAACAAAAGCGGUCUCCAGACUAGGAAGUAGCCCAAGAGCAGUCCCAAUGGCGCUGGACGACUUACAAUCCGAGAUCGAGCGUCUCAACCGGGAGCUCGAUCAGGCCAGCAGUGAAAACAUCCAGUCGGCCAAGUAUGGCUUGGGACUGCUGGAGGAGAAACAGGCACUGCAGCAUAAAUGCGAGGAACUGGAAGCGCUGUACGAGAAUGCUAGACACGAGCUCGAAAUCACCCAGGAGGCGCUGCAAAAAUUUCAAAAGACACAGCAAGUUACCACCAAGAGUGGCAUCGAACAGGAAGAUGCCCUGCUCAACGAAUCCGCCGCGAUGGAAACGUCGCUUAACCUGCAGAUUUUGGAGCUCGAAAAUGAAACCAAACAGCUGCGACACGAGCUGGAACGGGUUACGAACGAACGGGACCGGAUGUUGCAGGAAAAUUCCGAAAUAGGUCGCGAUAAAUCCGGUGCCGAAGCCGAACGAGCUCGGCUGAAGGCCGAACUCAAAGACAUGAAGUACCGGGAGACCCGGAUGCUGAGUGACUACAGUGAAUUGGAGGAGGAAAAUAUUUCGCUGCAAAAGCAGGUGUCCAGCUUAAGGAGCUCACAGGUAGAAUUUGAAGGUGCCAAACACGAAAUCCGAAGACUUUCGGAAGAAAUUGAGUUGCUCAACUCGCAGGUAGAGGAAUUGGCUAGCCUGAAGAAAAUAGCCGAAAAACAGAUGGAGGAAGCAUUGACUGCUCUACAAAUCGAACGUGAAACCAAAUAUGCACUGAAGAAGGAGCUUGAUACACAUAUCAAUCGAGAAUCGAUGUACAAUAUUAGCAAUUUGGCAAUCAGUAUACGUGGAAUGGAGGAAAGCACUCUGAAUAGCAGUGAUUGUGAAGAUGAAAUGCCCACGCUGAAAGACUCAACACUGAAACGGUUGGAAACCUUGGAAGCGGAAACGGCAGAUCUGAAGUCCCCGGACGGUACCAAGGUUGACUUGUUCUCGGAGAUUCAUUUGAACGAGCUGAAGAAGCUGGAAAAACAACUGGAAUCAAUGGAGAACGAAAAGAUUUGCUUAACCGCUAAUCUGCGUGAUGCGCAACAAAACCUAGAUAAGAGCCAAAACGAACUGCAAAACUUUAUGGCCAAACUUAUGCUUCUGGCUGCCCACGUCGAUGCCCUGCAGAAUCUCAAGAAACAAAUCGCUGCAGAGGAUAAGUUUGCAAACGUUUCCAACAAUAAGGACAAGGUGAUGAAUGACAAGUUGAACGAAGCAAUCUUAAUGUACUCCAACUGGUUUGCACUUAGUUCGAAGGAGAUCGAUACGCUGAAAGCAGAUCUUGUUGAGUUGCAAAAAGGCAUUAACUGUUCAGAUGCGAUGGCUGUAUUGCGUAAUGAAAUUACCAAUCUAAAGAAUAAGCUACUUUCCACUGAACAAAAGUCAUUAGACCUUCACAGCGAUGUACAAGUACUAACAACCUUGUCGCAGAAUGCCGGCCAAAGUCUCAACUCAACCAGAAGUAAUUUGGUAUCACUUAGUGACGAUCUCGCUCAACUGUAUCAUCUCGUUUGUACUGUUAAUGGCGAAACACCGAACCGUGUUUUAUUAGAUCACAAGAAUGACGAUCUAAGCUUUGACAAUGAUUCUCUUUCGGCCAUCCAAUCGCAGCUCAAGUCCGACAUACUAACUUCGAGGCCGCACGUCUUCGAGGAUUUGCAAGCAUUGAGCGAUGCUGUUGAGAUCAAAAAGUACGUCGACACCAUCAGCGAUCAGAUUAAAUAUCUCAAAACGGCCGUCGAACAUACUAUCGAGCUCAACAAGGAUAAGGUGUCGGAUGUGGCCGCUGGCGACAAGGACACCAAAGAGGAGAAUGCCGAUCUGCAUGAACAAAUUAUCAAACUCAAGAGCUUGCUGUCGACGAAACGGGAGCAGAUAGCUACCUUGAGAACAGUACUUAAGUCGAACAAGAACACCGCCGAAGUGGCGCUGACCAACUUGAAAUCCAAGUACGAAAACGAGAAGCUGGUUGUAAGUGACACCAUGUCUAAGUUACGAAACGAGUUGAGGAUUCUGAAGGAAGAUGCUGCUACGUUCUCAAGUCUCCGUGCAAUGUUUGCCGCUCGAUGCGAGGAGUACGUUGGUCAGGUCGACGAGCUAACCAAAGCUUUAUCGGCAGCAGAGGAAGAGAAGAAGACGCUCAACCAACUUCUACGAUUGGCUGUGCAGCAAAAGUUGAGCCUUACACAAAAACUGGAGGAUUUGGAGAUGGAUCGUGAAAUGCGCCAUCGACGACCGGUAAUGCCAGCACGAGGUGGCGGUAAGUCAGCCUUCAGCCGCGGAGUCCCUGCCCGUAGUAGCAACCAGAAUCCGAACAACAGCAACAACAAUCCGAACCAAGCAUUCUUCUAACAUAAGGUUAGCGUACAGCGUAAGAUCUUAGCCUUUAUUUAUACAAUGCUGAAGCUGUAAACAGCACGAUCAGUCGUUUCCAUGAUCAUCAUCGUCGUCAUCGUCGUCAUCGUCGUCGUCUUCGGCGGUCCCAUCUAGCUCCGCUUGCAAUUAUUUCUUCCGGUAAACGACGAUACGAUGAAUCUUUCCAUCCAUUUUCGGACUAUGUUCGUUCACCUGAUCCGCGGUGGAUGUGGACUACUCUCACCACCUCUGUUUCCGUUUUUGUACUAUACACAUCGGACUGUUGUAGGUGAACUUGGAAUGCCACAGACAGAUAGCGAGUGCGAGUGUGUGAAGAGGGCAUAUAUUUUUACUAAUAUUGUAGCAGAAGAGAAGUCUGGCCCACAUCCCCACAGGGGCAUAUGAAAUAAGAAGAAUGUGUGAAAGUAUAUCGUUAAUUUAUUUUGAUAUAAGAUUACAAUAUACAUAUUACAACGGCUAACCAUUUAGAACUAUUAUCACUUGAAUAUAUGGGUAAGGGGAAAGAUUAUUCUGUCCUGAAAUACACAGACGAAAUCAAGCGACGCAGCUGUACGAAUGAAUGACAUGCCAACCAGGGUCGUCACAAUUAAGCCAAUUGUAGUGAAAUACUUUAUAGGAUCAAGCAGAAAACAAAUGACUAUUACAUUAUUGUCAAACAAUAAUUUUAUUUAUAGCAUCCGAUCAAUGUAGACACUAUUGUUCACAAAUGUUGUGUUCGUAGUUUUUGUGCAAUAAAGACUUUUUUCUUAAUUUAAUUACCAGCUCAGUUUCUGAUUGUGGUAAAAUUAUCUUUGAUUAGACUCCAAAAUAAUAAGCAGAAAUAUGAUAACUUUUUAAGCAACUAUUUUUUUGACGAAGGACUAAAUUUUACGAAGACUUUUAAUGGGGUACGGCGAAGGCAGCCUUGAAUGACCUGCAAGCUAUAAAAAGAAGCAGCUUUUUUGACCAGAAGAUUUAAUUCACAAACAGAUUAGCAUUAUUUAAAAUGCUAAUUUGUAUUCCACACGGUAGUUGUUUUUAUAUUUUGCUUUUAAAUAUUACAGUUUAAAAUUGACUCUUUGUACAUUGAUGUUCCGAAUGAACCAUGAAAUUCAAUAGGGUUGAAGAAAAUAUUAGACGCAAACUAAAUUAGUAGUUUUUAAAUAAUGAACACUUUGUCGUAGUCUAAUAGUUCAAGUAGAGUAUUGCAACUAUUCACUCAUUCUAGAGAGCAUUAUUGAUUGCUUAAUUUAUCUUAAGUAUGCUGGGCUCUGAAUUAAAGGUCACAUCAAUAGAAGGUGGUCAUCCUGAAUAGUUAGACGUAGAGCUAUAACAACAACAGACUUUUCCUUGGAAUCGAAAUGCAAGCUUUUUAAUAUUUUUUGCACCGUACUAAUAUGAUAGCAACGAACUCAGCUCAUGAGAGUAUAAACUAUGAUUUGAAAAUCCUCCAACCAACAAGAAGCAUCUAAUCAAAUAAUUUUACCACCCGAUUGGCGUUUAUGUUUGACACCGUUGAAAAUGAUGACAUUAGUAACUAUGUGCGUGACCACGGCAUAACAUUCACUGCGACGAGCAUCACAAUUCUGUCCUAACGUUACGAAUGAUGUUUUUUCGAUGCGAAAAGUUGUUAGGUAAGAAAUCUAAUCAGAAAGCGUCCAGAUUAACUAUUAACUGAAAAGUCAUGUUUUUCCAACUAAUUAAAGAGCACAGUGAGAAUGAAAUUAAUUUGUGUCGGAAGGCACAGAACACGAAUAAAACGAUGAAAAUUACCGAGCCAUUUAUUUAUUUAUCAAGAAUUUAAUUGAUAAAAUCUGAAUUUAAAUUAGGUAUAUUGAACGGUGACUCACUGAAGCAAAAAAUAAACUAAUAUCUUUGGGAAUGUCUUUCCUGUUUGCCCAAUAUAAAUGGUCCAGCAGCUGAGUCACUGUAACGAAAUCACAAAGCAACUCAAAUUCGAGAAGUAAACAAACCAAUAAUAAAAUAAAUUAUUUACCGUCCCUUUUUACGAAAACAAAGUAAAAGUAAAACAAAUAUGAUACCUAAGUGUGUGUGUUUGUAGAAAAUCAAUAAUCCUUAUUGCUGAUUGUUUGUAACUGUUGACUGUUACUAGUAAAUGUAAAAGAACGCAGCUUUUUUUGAAUAAGUUUGUGUUUGAUUAUAUUAUCACUCACUGAAAAUUAGGCAGUGUUUCGUUCACAGAUUAUUCUAUUAUGUUUGGUUUCAUCGCAGCUUAUUAUUGGCUUGUUAUAGAAAUGACAUAAGCAAUUAUGGGAUGAAUGGAAGUUUAAAAAAAAGCAAUGUUUUCUUUCCAAGGAACUCGUCGUGUCCCAGCGAGGAUGGAUUGAAUUGCAAGAUAGGCAAGAACCGACACAACCAGCUCCAUUUGACACACACAAAAAUCUAAAAAUGUAAUGUAGCUGUCCAGCAUAGCAAAAUACAAGAAUACAACACAGUAGAGAUUUUAAUAGCCAUAACCAACUACAGAACCGUACAGUAGGUAAUAAGUUUGGCCUCAAAAUUAAUUGUAGUGUUAUUCGUCACACAUGUUUUAUAAGUACCAGACUAAGGAUAUUCUGGUCAAAUUUAUUACUACUUCCGAUCAGUGACAUUGGGAACUUUAGCCACACAACAGCAGUAAAAUACCAACAGCUUACGAAUUAUUUUUUGUAGAUAGCAUCUUGAUCGACCCACAGCAGUGGCAUUGAGAUUAUUCACCGCUCUGUAGAACUCUUUCCAUUCAUCUGUUAAACUGAUAGUAGUAGUAAUAGUAGUAGUAGUUAGUAUGCCAAACGUAGCAUAAUAGUUUCAGCAUCCAAUUUUCAAACAGCCCGUAGAAAGCAGCGUUGUUCGAGUGAAUACUCAUUUCCGGUAAAAUAUAACAGACAGUAGCAGUUACAUGUUUUCCUCUGAUUAAGCCCCAAAUCCAGAUGAAGUACCGUACAGAUUACAGGCUCGUCCCGAAACCUUUCACUAUUAACACUGAAAAGUAAAACGAAUGGCAACAAGAAGCAGGAAAUAUUCUAAAUAUCAAUUUACAGGUACUCAGUUGGUUGAUUGCAUGCAUGCAGUGAACAGUUUAAGUUUGAACGCAUAGUUCUAGUAAGAUUUCUCACAGCAAACGAGUUUGGUUACCUAGAUGUAUUCGGUUAUGAGCUAUUAUAAUUAGAGCAAGUAAAAGCGCCGUUAAUAUAUUGGUUUGCAGCUUUCCAACUAUUCGUUAUCUGUUCGCUAUUCAAGUCUUUCCCCGAGUCAGACGCCGUGUAGUAACAGCGCAGGUCUUUUAUAUAUUGGAUACCAAUAUUAAAGCGAAUAAUUAUUAUUUGCUUCAUACUAAUAAUUUAUUGUAUCUCAUUGGAAAUAAACGUAAUCUAUGAUAAACUAUAUUGUAAAACUCGUACAGAGGAUGAAAAGAUAACAUAAAA